GUCGGGGACGAGGGUCGGUGGGACACUCUGCAGCUGUGUGUCCAUGAUGGCGGAGGAAGCAGCAGCAGCUGAGGUGAACUCAGCAGGAAGCUCCACACAGCUGGCUCUGGAUCAGUUACAGGACGAGAAGACGGACGGAGACAUGGCCAACCUGAACCUGGGAGAACUGGACCUCACCACGGACGAGUACAUCCUGGAUGAAGUGGACAUUCACAUCCAGGCCAACCUGGAGGACGACCUGGUGAAGGAGGCGCUCAAGACGGGCGUCGACCUGCGGCAGUACUCCAAACAGGUGGAGGCGGAGCUACAGAGGAUCGAGCAGGCGUCCAUCAAAGACUACAUCAAGGAGAGUCAGAACAUCGCUCUGCUGCACAACCAGAUCACCGCCUGCGACUCCAUACUGGAGCGCAUGGAGGGCAUGCUGAGCGGCUUCCAGAGCGACCUGUCCUCCAUCAGCAGUGAGAUCCAGACGCUGCAGCAGCAGUCCGUCAGCAUGAACGUGCGUCUGAAGAACCGGCAGGCGGUGCGCAGCCACCUCAGCCAGCUGGUGGACGAGCUGGUGGUGCCGGGCGCCAUGAUCUCCACCAUCCUGGAGAGCCCGGUGACGGAGCAGGAGUUUCUGGAGCAGCUCCACGAGCUCAACAACAAGAUCAACUUCGCCAAAGAGCUGAGCUUCAGGGAGACGCUGGCGUGCUCCGACAUCCAGGACAUCGUGGACCGCCUGAAGCUCAAGGCCGUGUCCAAGAUCCGAGAGUUCAUCCUCCAGAAGAUCUACUCCUUCAGGAAGCCCAUGACCAACUACCAGAUUCCUCAGAACACUCUGCUGAAGUACAGGUUCUUCUAUCAAUUCCUUUUGGCCAAUGAGAGGACGGUUGCCAAGGAGAUCCGAGACGAGUACGUGGACACGAUGAGUAAAAUCUACUUCAGCUACUUCAAGUCGUACAGCGGCAGGUUGCUCAAAGUGCAGUACGAGGAGGUGGCCGACAAAGACGACCUGAUGGGGGUGGAAGACACAGCCAAGAAAGGCUUCUUCUCCAAACCGUCUCUGAAGAGCAGGAACACCAUCUUCACUGUGGGCCAGCGGGGGGCGAUCCUGAGCCCCGGGGAGCUGGAGGGGCCCAUCCUGGUCCCUCACACGGCCCAGAGAGGAGACAGCAGGUAUCCGUACGAGACGCUGUUCCGCAGUCAGCACUACGCGCUGCUGGACAACGGCUGCAGGGAGUUCCUCUUCCUGUCCGACUUCUUCAUGGUCACAGGAAACUCCGCCCUCGACCUGUUCAACAGCAUCAUGGGAAAAACCCUCAGCACCUUCCUGAAGAGCAUGUCCACCUACGUGUCCGACUGCUACGACAGCAUCGCCGUCUUCCUGUGCAUCCACAUCAUCCUGAGGUUCAGAGCCAUCACCGCCAAGAGGAGCAUCCCCGCCCUCGACAAGUACUGGGAGGCCGUGCUGGAGCUGCUGUGGCCGAGGUUCGAGCUGAUUCUGGAGAUGAACAUUCACAGCAUCAGAAACACAGACCCUCAGAAACUGGGAGUGUUGGACACCAGACCACACUAUAUCACUCGUCGCUACGCAGAGUUCUCGUCAGCGAUCGUCAGCAUCAACCAGACGUUUCCCAACGAGCGAACACACACUCUGCUGGGACAGCUGCAGGUUGAGGUGGAGAACUUUGUGCUGAAGAUGGCGGCAGAGUUUCCCUCCAGAAGAGACCAGCUCAUCUUCCUCAUCAACAACUACGACAUGAUGCUGGGCGUCCUCAUGGAGAGGGCGGCAGACGACAGUAAAGAGGUGGAAGGUUUCCAGCAGCUGCUUCUCGCCAGAACUCAGGAGUUCAUCGAGGAGAUCUUGUCCCCCCCCUUCGGAGGGAUGAUCGCCUUUGUGAAGGAGGCCGAGGGGCUGAUGGAGAAAGGGCAGCUCGACCGCCUGAAGAACGAGGAAGCUCGGAUCACUCAGCUCGUCCGGGGGUUUUCCAGCUCGUGGAAACAGUCGGUGGAGUCGAUGAGUCAAGACGUGAUGAGGUCGUUCACCAACUUCAAAAACGGAACCAGCAUCAUACAGGGCGCUCUGACGCAGCUGAUCCAGUACUACCACGGCUUCCACAAGGUCCUGAACCAGUCCACGUUCCGCAGCCUGGCCGUGCGCUCGGAGCUCAUCAACCUGCACCACCUCAUGGUCGAGGUGAAGAAGCACAAACCCAACUUCUAACCAGACGUCUUCCACUGCAGAGGAACUGGGACCAGUGGAACAUCUGGAUGCCUGCUGGGGUUUUCCACUGUGACACGAAUCCACCAGUUAAAAUAAUCAAACAGAAUUGAGUAAAAUUAAUGUUUCCUCUAAGACUUUAAUCUACUGAUGAGAAUUAAAGAGACAGAAGCUGCAGUCAACAACAGCAACAGACUUUUAUUCUGAAACACAGCAGAUGCAUAAUAUUUAUUGUUUUUGUCUUUAUUUUGUGUGAAAUGAAGAAUGUAACUUCCUGUGUUCGUCUUCUCACUCCUGUGAAGUUUGUACAUUUGUAACAGUGAGUGAAGAUUGUGGUCACAUGACUUGUUUGAUCAUUAAAGAACGAAGCUGAAGAUUU